CACAAUAUCAUCCACAAAAAACAUGCACCACGACCUCUCUCUGAACUCCUCUCGUCAAGACAUCCAUGGGCGAACAAGAAAGGGCUAAGGGCAGACCCUUAGUGCAACCCACCUCUACGGCGAAAGGCUUAAAGACACCCCGAUCUGAUGAUCAUCUUUGCCUUGCUGUCCUGAUCGCGCGGAUGUAUGCGAUCAGAACUUUUCUUGACUCAAGGCACCUUCACAGGACCUCCCUUGGCACCCUAUUGUACACCUUCUCAAGGUCAACAAAUACCUCAUCAAGUUAUACUCUUCCGUCAAUCUCUCUUCUUGAGGCCUUGGAAUCAUUUGUUGUAGUUGAAAGAGAGGGUCAAAUCAUAGCCUGUGCUGCUCUCUUCCCCUUCUUAAAAGAAAAUUGUGCUGAGGUUGCUUCAAUUGCUGUUUCUCCUGAAUGUCGUGGCCAAGGGCAGGGAGACAAAUUACUCGAUUACAUUGAAAAGAAGGCAUCUUCUCUUGGGAUACAAAUGCUUUUUCUCCUCACGACUCGCACAGCAGACUGGUUUGUAAGGCGUGGCUUUUCGGAAUGUUCCGUUGAUCAGAUACCAGUGGAGAGAAGGAAAAGAAUCAAUCUCUCGCGUGGGUCAAAAUAUUACAUGAAGAGGCUGCAGCCUGAUAGAAGCGGCAUUAUUCGCUUUGGUACAGCAUCAUCAUCUGCAUGAGAAGACCUGAGUGCGCAAUUAUAUGCUGCUUGUAGCAGCAUCUUGUAAAAUGCUAAAUAAAGCUAUGCCAAACCAAUGUGUGCCAACUGCAAGCCAGCAAAAGCGUAGCAAUCCUCGAGUUAUCUUCAAAACGAGUAUUUUAAUUGUUACAACGUCUUAAAUAUCUGUAUAUAUUUGUUAUUGUUUUUCUAAACCAAUGGUAUGACGUAUUUGAAAUGACUCUUUUAACUUUUUAUUCUUACUUUAUAGAAGUUUUUAAGUUUUUGGGAAUAAAUGUAGAAAUGCAAU